CUGGCAUCUUGAAUAUCUCAUUGGAUUACCAAGUACCCAAGAUAUAAACUCAAAAGACCGCGCUUAUGUACUGCUGAACAACAGGGAUAAGUAUACCCCAGUUCCGUCUGCUCUGUUCUUUGUGCAUCAACUCGAUUUGGAUUCGACAUAUUGGUUCGAGAAGAUGAAGCUGCAAACACUCGUCCUUUCUCUCACAGCGGCUAGACUUUCCGCAGCCUUUUUCCCCUCUCCCGCCUUCAAACGUGAUGCAGACACUUGCAAACUAUCGCUGGCACGCAGCUCUGGUGGCCGCAAGGUUGCCCUUGUCAUUGACGCGUCCGGCUCCAUGAUGACAAACGAUCCGCAAGAUCUCAGAAUCACGGCUGGAAGGGCUCUCAACAGGCAGCUAGUAUCCUCUGCGGAAGCUUCUGGUGGCAAAAGUGCCGACCAAGUCGCGGUCGUGGAGUUUAACACCCAGGCGACCCUGCUCUAUCCGCUCGGCGACCCUAGUAAAGCCGAUAGCUCUUUCGGUAAGAUCGGUAAUGAAGGAGGAACCUCGAUCGCCAGCGGCGUUGCGAAGGGCAUUGAAGAGCUCACCAAGUCUGGGCAUGGUACGACAAAAGAUCGGUCCGGUAUCAUCAUCCUAACUGACGGCGAAGACACCAAUGUCGCCGCGCUCAUCAACCAAAUUAAAAAGGCAGAUUCCCUCGGCAUCCGCGUAAGCUUCGGCUUCCUUGCUCCGCCGGAAACCCCGCCCAAGCCAGACCUGCUGCAGGCCAUUCUCCAGACAGGCGGCGCGUACAACUCCUUCAACCAACCUGAGAAUAUUCAACCCUGGCUCUACCUGCUCUUAGGCAAUGGUAUUACCGCCCUGGACAAGAAGUCCUCCAGCACAGCGCAGCCGCUUCUGAGCGGCAUCACGACUGCCAAACUGUCCGGGUCCAGGGACGUUGCCUUCUCGUACCUCGCGAGCGAUGGGGAGAAACUUGUCUUCACGGUGGCUUCGAUCUCCGCACAGGACCUUGACGUGAAAUUGAGUCAUGAAAACGGAAAUUUGGUCGGGAAAAACUCCACGACUAGUGGGAACCAGCCAGCUGAGCUGUCGGUCAAGACUACGAAGGCCGAGACGCUCAAGGUCGUCGUCUCAUCUGCUACGUCCAAGGAAGGUAUCUUCCAGAUAUCGGUCAACUCCUCUUUGGGCAUCUCCGCUUGCAACCUCGGCAAUGGAAAGCCAGGCAAGAACGAGAGCAUCCCGACCCCGACCCCAACCCCGACCUCAAUCAUCGCACCUCCAGUCACUGGUGGAGCCUCUAAAAUACUCGGACAUGUUUUGCCAAUUAUGAUGGUUGCGUUAUCCUUGGUGCUACUAUAGUGGUAGAUCCGUUCUCAGAUGAAGUUUUAUAACCUUCGCUUAACGUACAUGAUAAGCGAGUGUCUCAGACAAGUGAGUGUCAAAAAACAUCAGCGUUCAAGAUGGAAAUCACCACAAAACACAACAAAAUUCCUAAUCAGUUGACACUAAUUGCUAUACUCCUUCUCAGACACUGAAACAAUAAUCUGACAUCUUCUUGCAUUAUGCCCGGUCUUGCCACAUACUCCACAGCGCCGAACAUCCGGUCGCGCCGACCUUCCUUGACCGCCACUUUCCGACGGUUCGCCCUCUGCUUGCCCAUCCCCACUCACCUGAUCAAUUG